AAAGGGGGAGAGGGCAGGCCAUCACUAAUUAUAAAUGCAAUUAUCACAUCAUUUGUGUAGGUCGGGGACUUCAGUUCUAUAAACAUAUUGUCCAGAGUUCGCGAGACGCCAGCGCAUUUUCACCAGGACGCGCCGUCUCGGUUGUUCCCAGUCACAGUGUCAAUACAACAAGAUGGCGAUGCACGUGAUCCUGAAGAUGGCGUUGUUGAGUUUCCUGGCGGUGCACGUGGAUUCUGGUACGGUAACCAAUGCGAUUUAUUUUUUUAAAAUCCCGAUAUUAUUAGAGCUACUUAAUAUUGACACGGGAUCACAUGAAAAUACUCAAUAGCAUAUUCAGUUCGUGAUCCAAGGAAGAGGGGAGACUUAUAAUCUUUGUUUUGUUGUUGUUGUUUUUUUUUUUUUUUUUUGGUUUUUUUAUCAGUUUUAAAUGUUUACACAACUUGGAAAACAUUUUUUUCUAAAUGUACAUUUUUAUUUGAAUGACCAUGGACAAUAGCUAGACAAAAAACAACAGUAUACGAGUGGUCAGUGCCUCUCAGAUGUCGAGAGAGGUCCAGGCUAGUCAUUCGCGACUUAAUUAGGUCAAGAUGCAUAACCGUUUUCAAAUAUCAAACUAUUGAAAUAAAAACAAACUUAGAAUUAUACUUCUCUUCACGUUAAAAAAAAAAAAAAACAAUUUAUAACAGUUGAUCUUUUUUUGUAAUGAUUACACUUCAUGUGUAAUUUAAUUAAGGAUUAAUAGAAGUCCUAUAGGGUUAACCGUUUUCAAAAAUCAAAAUAUUGAAAAAAAAAAAAACUUAGAAUUAUACUUUUCUUCACGUUAAAAAAAAAAAAAAAACAAUUUAUAACAGUUGAUCUUUUUUUGUAAUGAUUACACUUCAUGUGUAAUUUAAUUAAGGAUUAAUAGAAGUCCUAUAGGGUCUACCUCGUGAUAAUGUCAUCAAGUGUUUCUAGUUCCCGCUCCAUGGUGACGACUGAUGGUAAUUCAUUGAUUAAUUAUUUUUUUUUUAUUCAGGAAGAUACUACAGCAUAUGUGAGCCAGAGCCAGACACCUCGAUAUUGGAAUACACCGUGACGGACAUCCAUGGCAAGAUCAACAAAACCGUGUCCAGUUUGACGUCUGGAACAUACAGCUUAGUCAUCAACGUGGCCUCAUUCUGUCGUGAGUAUAACAUUGUAAAGUCGUGGGUAUAACCGCUGUAAAGCCAAGUAUGUCAUGGCUGUGUUGUCUUUCUGUCGUGAGUAUAACUAUAACACUCUAAAGCCAAUAGGACGCUAUGGCUGUGUUGUCAGAGACAUGUUGCCAAGAUAUUUUCAGGCGUAGUUGAGGAGAAAUAGCAUGAUUUCUAGAUCAGGUCUUAAAAUGGGCAGGGCUUAAAAUGGGCAGGGAGGGUCUUAAAAUGGACAGUGCAGGUCUUAAAAUGGGCAGGGAAGGUCUUAAAAUGGGCAGGAAAGGUCUUAAAAUGGGCAGGGAAGGUCUUAAAGUGGGCAGAGCGUUAUAGCCGUAUGAGAUUUUUUGGAAAAGGGUUGGGGGGGGGGGGCGAUCAAAUUGUCUAAAGUUAUGUCCAAUGGCCACCAAGAAAAACAGACACAUUAAGGGAUUGUUCAAACUAUUUUUGAGAGACAAAAAUAAAGACAAAUGGCACUGAUUUAUUAUGAUUCCGCAGGUUUGACUCUCCAGUACUACGAACUAAAUGAGAUGCUGACCGAUUUCCCCAGCGACCAGUUCAGCGUCCUAGCCUUCCCCAGUGACCAGUUCGGCCAUCAAGAGCCGGGUGUAAACGGGACGGAGAUUCUCAACUGCCUGAGGCAUGUCCGACCCGGGAACGGAUUCACUCCCAACCCGAGCUUGAACCUAAUGCUGAGGGGGGCUGUGAAUGGGGAAAACGAGAUCCCUCUUUAUACGUACCUCAAGGUCAGUUUUAAUGGUAUUUGUGUAUGUGUUGGAGAGUGAAUGGACUGGGGUAGAGGAGAUGGCAUUUUUCGGGUAAUAUUGGAGACAUUGAUUGCUGGCAUUGAUCCGUCACAAUGUGACGAUGGUGUAGACUUCGCAAGACGAAAUCCAUAAGGCCUGGGAUAUUCUUUUUAGGAUUAUAAUUAUAAGCUGGGUCCCAACAAUUAUAUAUAUGCUUUAAAACUCAGCCCUCGUCGUCAAUUGGUACUUGACUCAACGGCUAUGUAACACCACUUCUGCCUGUUACUUUGGGAGCUUUCGUUGGUGUCAUCAAGGUUUCCAUAUAGCAGAUCCUUCUCAGUUUUUUUUCUUCUGCGCCACACCUCUUUUCUAUACUGUAGGCUUAGCAGUAUUAACAGCAUUGGGGGACGGGAUGGGGGGGGGGGCUGGAAAAAUUAAUGCACUGAGCCCCCCAUGGGCAGGGUUUAUUUCAGGUAUAUCUCCCUGUCCCUGCGAAAGUCAAGUGCCCCUCCCCCCUAAAAAGUGUACAAUAAUUAUAACGAAUAUAUAUAUAUAUAUAUAUUAAUUAAAAACGACUAAACUGUCAUUCUUUAACAGUUUCAAAAAGAAUAGUAUCUGGUGCCUUUACCGAUAACAAUUAGUGUAUUCAACUGCCCAAUGUGACCAUGCCUUCCUUAAUAGACGGCACACGGCUUACGACACUUUGUUGAUUUUGUUUCAUGGUCCCCAGAAGUCAUGCCCUCAGCCAUCUCUCGCCAAGUUCAAGCCAAGAGAGAGCUUCUGGGAUCCGAUCCGCGUCAGCGACGUCACGUGGAACUUUGAAAAGAUUCUCGUUUCCCCGGAAGGCCGCCCGCUGUAUCGUUUCUCCCCGCAAGUCGGACCGCUGCAGAUAGCUCCUCUGAUCAACGCUCUCCGUGGAAGUGAGCAGCAGGCAGAGCAGUCAGAAAACAUCGCCGCCAUAUUGGAACAACUCGAAACGAACACGGACAAGGAAAUUAAGCUUAGACAUAGAGGUUAAUCUCACGGUCGUAUGAUAGACCCGUGAUUUUUUAUUGUUUUAAAUAAGCAUAUUAGUUUUCAAUUAAGUUCAGUUCAAAAUAACUUAAUUGGGGCAUCUUACACGUAGUAUUAUUGUCACUUGAUACUAUUUUGGGGGGGGGGGGAAUCCACAUUCAUUGAUUUUGGGGAGGGACCGUCAGAAUUUGGAGAUGAGAAGAGUUACUUAGAAGUGGAAGAGCUAUGUAAUGUGACGUCAACAAUGUCCCUCUCUGCUUGCUCUCUAGCUGCCCCACCAUUAGUAUGUCACUGUGUCAUUCACUCAUUUAUCUUUGGGCUCAAUGGUAUGAGGUAAAAAAAAUGGCAUCAUCAUGCAGUCGCAGGGGUAAUUAUUUGAAGAAUGGCUCUUUCCAAAGAAAAUUUUAACAAAAAAAAAAUUCAGAAUUUUAUUUGA